CGGAUAUACCUUAACCCGGUACGAUCGAAACGGUACUUUGACAGCCAAACUGACAUGAGUUACGGUUAGUUUCACUAGUUACCUUUUCGCAGUGCUCGCUUUGCGAAACGUAUCUGAAAAGCCACACACCAAUGAAACGUCUCAGCGGAGCGGUUGCGGUGGAGGGAAUGUAUCAGCUCCCGACAGUCAGUCUGGUCCUGCAGACCAUCUCCAGAGUGAUAACACCAAGAUCCCUGAGCACAACUCCAGCACCCCAGUGACAGAACCAGUGUUUCCAGUAACCCCAGCAGUGGCUCAUCAACAGACACCAUGUCAGAGCUGGAGGACUACGCCCCUCCAAGGGUGGGGCCCGACCCGGCCAGGAUCCAACAGAACCUGUUGGAGGAGCAGGUGGAGCUCUGGUGGUUCCGUGAGCCCAGGAAGGCCCUUCUGUGCGACUGCGUCUCGGUGCUGCUGAUUCUGGGCUGCGGACUGGGUGGCAUCGUUCUCCUCUCCACCACCACCAGUCUGUCCAGUGAAUGGCGUCUGGGAACAGGCUCGGCUCUGUGUCUCCUGGCCUUAGCCAUCCUCCUCAAACAACUCAUGAGCUCCGCCGUGCAGGACAUGAACUGCGUCCGCAGCCGCAGACGCAUCGACAUGCUCAAGAGCGGCGGGCUCUCGGACGUUCUGGUGGUUCUUCUGACCGGGGUCUCCCUGCUCAUCUGCGGGGCGGUUCUUCUGCACGUGUCCCUGACGUACCACAUGCCCAAACCGGGCCAGGCCUUGAAUGACAUGUAUAUCUCUGGGGUUGUGCUGCUGGUGGGAGGGGGGGUGACGGUGUCAGGGGUGGGGCUGUAUUCAGCUGUGGUGUUCCUCCUGGAGAUGACGGGACAGGGACAGAGGCUCCGAGAGAGGGCGAUCGGAAUAUUCACCAUCUCGGGGCGCAUGCGGCCGGCCAGGAGAGAGACCACCUCCAGUUUGGCCCACCUUAUCUGACACUGAGGUGUACGUCAGAAAAAGUCACAUGAGAACAUGAUCAAAAGAACUCUUAGAGGGUUCUGUUCUGAAAUCAGCACUGAGAAAGAGAGUGGCAAUCCGAACAUAACAUGGACAUAGAUUUCCAAGUAGCAUUUUCUCUGUAUUUCACAACACUCCUUCCGAUCCCAUAAAACACAGCCAGUUUGACAGGGUUGGGGAUCAUGACAGGGGACUCUACACGUGGCAGGAACCACAGCUGAGCGCCGAGUUUGACUCAAUAGACAUCAAAUCAGAGUGAUUGUACGUUUAGUUAAAACACAAGUGUUGAUGUGUAGCUGCUGAUAUUUCAACCAAAAACAAAAAAGAAAAAAAAAAAAAGAACUGAAAGAGAUUUACAGCCAAGUACAUGUGCAAUACUCCAGCAGAGGAAGGAGAACUUCAGCACGAAAGCUGAUCAGAUCUAAAUGAGCAGAAGAGCAAAUUUUUUAUAACGAUGUAAAAACUGCGACCUUUGUCUCUCUCAGAUGCUGACUGACAGCCUCUGUUCUACACGUUGGGAUUGGUAUUUGUGGGAGAAGCAGUGCGUCUGUUUGGUGGUAUAUUUGUGGGAGAAGCAGUGCGUCUGUUUGGUGGUAUGGGGCAUGCUUACAGUGGGGUGGCUGUGGAUUUGUACUUCGACCUCACUAUGUCUGUAAACAGUCCCCACAGUCGACCAAAUAAAGAUAAGCAUCAGCAGAUGCAGAGGAGCUGAACAGGUCUGAGUACAGGUGACAGCCUGAAUCAGAGAGACAGAGAGAGAGAGAGAGAGAGAGAGAGAGCAUGAAAACAAAUGAAUGUACGGACUCCAGAGACAGUUCUUCUCUUAAUUCUUCAUUUUUCCAUUCAGGUGUA